AAAUUUUAAUAUUAUUUUAAGCUAUUCAGUGUGAAGAAUGUGAACAAUAUUCACCUUGUGUGUCAUCUUGCCCACUUCAAACUUGUGAAUCCCAAAAGAAUAAUGUGAAUUUAGAAAAACUUGAAAUGGAGGAAGCUUUAUGUCAAGAAGAGCCUUGUGCUGAAGGAUGUGAACAAAUACCCUGUCCACCUGGAAAAAUUUAUAAUAAUCAAAAUGAAUUAAAAUGUAUUCCAUUAGAAGAGUGUGGUUUUGUAAAAGAGUUUUGUAAAAGUAUAAAUGGCAAUAUUUAUUAUGAAGGAGAACAUAUUAAUGAUACUGAAAUAUCUGAUCCAUGUCAAUCUUGUUACUGUAUCAAAGGUGAAAUAUCUUGCAUUGGUCAAUCUUGUCUUCCUUCUCCUCCUCCUUCUCUUUCUUUUCCUCCUCCUUUUCUUUAUUCUUCUCCUCCUCCUAUUCAUCCUUCUCCACCUCCACCACCACCUCCUCCUCUUCAUCCUUCUCCUUCACUUCUUUAUCCUUCUCCACCUCCACCUCCAUCUAAACCAGAAAUUCCAGUUAAUAUUCCACAAGUUCAGUGUCGCCAUACAGGAUGGUCUUCUUGGAUUAAUUCUUUUUCUCCAACACCUGAGAGUGAUGGUGAUUUUGAAAAAUUGAAUAAUAUUUCUAGCUCAUUUUGGAAAGAAUUUAAUAUGUGUCCCAUAGAAAAAAUUACGGAUAUUAAAUGUCGACCAGUAGGGUCUAAAUCAAGUGAAAUUCAAAAUAUUACCUGCUCUUUACCAGAUGGAUUGAUUUGUUUCAAUAGAAAUCAAAAAUUCAAUUCUUAUUGCUAUGAUUAUGAAAUACAAAUUUAUUGUAACUGUGAUUGUAUUUAUCCAAGAGGUAUGGAAACUGGGAAGAUCCAAGAUGAACAGAUUUCUGCUUCUAGUGCACAAAGAACUGGUAAACCAUUUAAAGCAAGAUUAAAUAGUGAUUGGGCUUGGUAUCCCCAGCAAAUAUCAUCCAAUGAAUGGAUUCAGGUUAAUAUGUUAAAACUAGAAGAAGUAACAGGAAUUGAGAUACAAGGAGGUGCAAAUGGAGUUAGCCAAUUAACAAUGUUACAAGUUCUUCACAGUAUUGAUGGACAACAAUUUAAUUUUAUAGCAAAUAAAUUUGGAGAAAGACUUAAUUUUACAGUACCUGAAUUAAACAAGGAUGAAGUUGAAAGAAUUAUGUUUCCAUCUAAAGUUGUCACACAAUACAUAAGAUUAAAACCAUUAGCUUGGAAGUACAAUAUAGCUGUGAGAUUUGAAAUUUUAGGAUGUGAUCAUGUUUUGCCCAGUAUACCAAAAAUACAAUGUGGAACUUGGUCACCUUGGAUUAAUUUAGAUACUCCUUAUGAUGAUGGAAAUGAUUAUGAAAUGGUAAAUCAAAUUCCAAAUUUCAAGAAAAUGUGUCCAUUUAUUCUUGCUAUGCAAUGUCGUAGUGUAAAUACAAAACAGUCCAUUGAUACAUCAAUUCCAAAUUUAAUACAUCCAUGUACUAAAGGGAAAUUGAUAUGUGAAAGCUCAGAAACUCAUCAGUGUGAAGAUUAUGAAGUUAAGAUAUUUUGUAAAUGUAAGAAGAGACCAAAAGAAAAAAUUGAACCUAUUCCUACAACUUUUGUUGGGUCUCCAAGUACCAUUUCCCCUGUUGUUAGUAGUACAACUCCUUGUCCACCUGGAUUUGAAUGGCAGGAAUGUAAAAUUCAUUGUGAUUUUACAUGUUCAAAUUUUAAAAAUGAUUUAAUAUCACAAGGUUAUUGCAUAGGAGAAAACAAAUGCAUUUCUGGAUGUACAGACAUGACAUGUUUAUCUCCCAAAGUCUAUCGUGAUUAUCGUACUUGUGUUUCUCUUGAUGAAUGUCCUUGCUUGAGUGGAAAUGGAACAUUAAUAUCACCUGGAAAAGUGAUUUAUGAUAAAUGUGAGAAAUGCCAAUGCUUAAAUGACCGAUUAGUUUGCUUAACUAUGAGAGAGUGUAUGUCUGUAUUACCAACUAUUCCUACUACAAGCAUAGAUUUAAUUGGAACAGAGUCUAUCAUUGGUGAAGAUUGUUGGACCAAAUGGAUUAAUAUAGAUGAUCCUAUUUCUGGUGGAGGUGAUUUUGAAGAAAUAAAUACCAUAGCUUCUAGAUACGAUCUUUGUUCUAAUCCAAUUGAAAUUCAAUGUAGAAAUGCUAUUACUAAAGUGGAUGCUAAAGAUAGUAAUGAAGAUGUUACAUGUGAUAAAAAUGUUGGCCUCCAAUGUUGGAACAGUGUUACGGUUUGCAAUGAUUAUGAAGUUCGGUUUUUUUGUUCUUGUUCAAGUAUCAGUCCUGUUAUAUCACAAGAGAAUGUUACUAUUGCUUCGCCACCUGCUUGUAAACAGGGAUGGUCAGAUUUCUUUAAUAGUCGUACAGUAGAUGACUAUGGUGAUUAUGAUACUUUACAACUUGUUCAGAGUAAGAAUGGAAUUAUUUGUUAUGGUGGAACAAUUAAUAGUGUUAAAUGUUACACUAAGCAAUCACAGUUACCACAUUAUCAAGCAGGGCAAAGAUUUGUUAUUUGUGACCUUCAGAAAGGAUUAUUAUGUGAAAAUUCAAAACAGUUAAAUGGAGAAAAUUGUUUUGAUUAUCAAAUUAGCUUUUAUUGUGAUUGCUAUGAGCAAACAACUGAAGAAUUUAGUUCUACAUUUCCAUCCUUGACUUCUACCGAAUCAGAAGAAGAAGAGGAGGAAGAAGAAGAGGAGGAAGAGACUGAGGAGGAGGAAGAAGAAGAAGAAAAGACAGAAACAGGAGGAGGAGGUGUUAGUCCAUUCCGUACAACUGUUGCACCAUGUUCUUAUUGGUCAGACUGGAUUAAUGAUAAUAGUCCAUUAAAAAAUGCUGGAGAUUUUGAGAAUAUUACACCUAUUAAUUUGAGGACAAAAUAUCAUUUCUGUAAAGAGGGUCACAUUACAGAUAUUGAAUGCAAAGAUGUAAAAUUUAAAGAGGAUUACACAUUACGUAAAGAACAUGAUGUUACAUGCAGUUUAGAAACAGGAUUGAAAUGUUGGAAUAAAAAACAAGAGUUUGGUUUAUGCUCUGAUUACAUGAUUCGUUAUUUCUGUUCUUGUGAGAAACCUACAUAUACAACUAUUUCAUAUAUUGUGACAACAGUUCCCAGUGUUGUAUAUGAAUGCUGGGAUUACAUUCCUUUAAUUAAUGGUGAAUCUCCAUUACCUGAUUUUAAUAUAAAGGCAUCCAGCAGUUUGAAUUCAAAGUCUGGACCAAAUAAUGCUAGAAUAUCAACAGUGUCUUCUAAAUAUUCAGCUGGAGCAUGGAUUCCUGGAAUAAUUGAUAAAAACCAAUAUAUUGAAAUUAAUUUAAAUGAACCUCAUAUUAUUUAUGGAAUUAUUACCAAGGGAAGAGAAGGGUACUUGGAAUGGGUGACAUCUUAUUAUUUAUUGUAUAGUACUGAUGGUAUCUCCUUUUCAAUUUAUAAAGAUUUCCACAGUUCUGAACAGGUAUUAUUUUUGUAUUAUUAUUGA